UAGUUCAUCUUAUACCCGCUGAUACUUACCAUUGCGAUUGAUCGUCUUCCUUGUCUUAGGUAUAAAGAUAGACGGGCCAGUUUGUCCUGGAUGCUCUACCUAUUCCACCUCCUUAUACUAAACAUGGUGUUGCAUGUGUCACUAACGAUCCCGUGGAGUCCUUGAAAAUGCCUCAUGGCCUUCCUCCCAUGCUUGGAACACACACUCACAACUCUCUACCUGACCAUCUUCUUCGGGUCUAUGAAAUUGCAAACUCCGGAUUGCCCUACUAAACACGGGAUUCUGACUCUCCACUGCCGGCAUUUCGCAUCCGAAUCGUUUUCCUAUUUAGGAAACCAAUCCAAUGCCCCACUGGCUGACUCUGUUACCUCGCUGGUUUAAUUCUGGAAUCUGCUCUUACAACCGUGUAGUGUAAGAGAACCACGAUGGCAUCAUGGAGAAAUAGAGUUGGGAAAAGAAGGUGGAUUUCUAAGAGGAAUAAAUUAUUUAAAUACAAAGAUUAGGUAGAUCCAGCGACACUGUUUCCUCAUCGCAUCAAUUCGCAUCAUACUGUUCUAAACAACUUCCUCUCCAGCAGAUACCUAUCUUCAUCUUCCUAUAUACAUUACUUCCACUUCCACCAAACUCAUCAUGGCUCACCAAAUCCUCGGCAAGAAGGUUGGCCCUAUCGGCUUUGGUCUCAUGGGCCUGACUGCGCGUCCUCUACCUGACGAGGACGCUUUCGCCGCCAUUCGCACCGCCCUUGACUCGGGUUGUAACUGGUUCAACGGUGGAGAGUUCUAUGGACCUCCUGAUGCAAACUCACUAGCUCUCAUGCGCCGAUACCUUGAAAGGUAUCCAGAAGAUGCUGAUCGAAUUGUACUCACCAUCAAGGGGGGCCUGGGCCCUAACUACGUUCCUCUCGGGACCAAGGAGAAUAUCCGCCGCAGUAUCGAUGACUGCCUCGAGACCCUGGGUCCCGUUGGUCGGAUAGCUUCCUUCGAAAUCGGCCGCAAGGACCCCAAUGUUGACUACGAGGAAGACACUCUGGCAGCAAUCAACGACUACGUCAAGGAUGGCAAAAUCGACGGCAUCUCGUGCAGCGAGCUCAACGCCAACACACUCCGAAGUGCUGCAAAGAAGUUCGAGAUUACUGCACUCGAGAUUGAGCUUUCACUAUUCACCACGGACCCUCUGACCAACGGCCUGCUCGAGGUUUGUGGCGAACUUGACAUCCCAGUUCUUGCUUAUUCACCCCUAGGACGGGGUUUCCUUGGAGGUCAGAUCAAGUCUGUCGAGGAUCUUCCAGAGAAUGACAUGCGUGCCAAGAUCCACCCACGCUGGCAAGGCGACAAUUUCCGCAAGAAUAUCCAGCUAGUUGAUGAUAUCGAAGCCCUUGCAAAGAAGAAGGGAUGCACGGUAAGCCAGAUCGCCAUCAAUUGGCUCUUAUCACUCUCUCGUCGCCCUGGGAUGCCUACGAUCGUGCCCAUCCCUGGCUCUACCAAGCCUGGCCGUAUCCGCGAGAACGCGACAAUCAUCGAUCUUACAGAGGAGGACUUGAGCGACAUCGACACGCUACUUGCAUCUUUCACGCCUGCCGGUGACAGAUAUCCGCCUCAACACAUGAAAUACGUCAGUGCUUAGGAACAAACAUUUCGGAAUAGGAUUAUGGUACAAAUUGGAGACGACACAUCGGAUAGUAUUGGAUAUGUAUUUUGUAAACCAGUUAAACACCAUCGUCUCCGCCUCUGAGACUUGGCUUGCCCCAACAUCUUUGCCUAUGGUACAAAUCUGGGUGUGCAUAAGAGGGUGUUGGACAUACCUAGAAGACAUUUUAAAGUUGGUAAAUUCUUAUAUAUGCAUUCAUACAAUCAGUCAUGGAGUCAUGGCCCUCGUAUGAAGACUGUUUCAAACAAGCCCAGAAUAAUAACACUUUGUCCAUCAGACG